CUAAAUGGGGUAAUAAUGUUGUAACCCAAAAACUGGCUAUAUGCCUGAUUAAAUUCCAAUAAACAUUUAUACACCUGAAUAGAUGGAUUAUCAAGUUGUUUAAACUAAAAAUCAUAUACUAGAAGAAGUCAGUUAAGGUUGUGAUGAAGUAGAAAGUAACAGAAAUCAACUUGUGGAUGAACAUUUACCAAAUGAAGCUAUGAAAUUAAAUGAAAUUCCUAAAUUAGAAAAUCAGAUAGCAGAAUCAAUAAGACAAUAACUUGAACCUAUAAAACUAAAUUAUGAUUCUUAGUAUCAAAUUUAUUAACCUGUAUAAAUUGUAAAUUACAAACCAAAUGGAGAUAUACAAUCAAUUGUCUUUUAUGAAGGUCAAUGGUAUAAGUAAAAAAGAAAUGGAGCAGGAGUAUAAUAUUAUCCUGAUGGUUCCAUUUAUGAAGGUCACUGGAGUCAAAAUAAUCAUGAAGGAUUUGGUAGAAUAAUCUAUGCAGAUGGAGAAUAUUUUAUAGGAGAAUGGAAAUAAGGAUAAAUUCAUGGUGAAGGUACUUUAGUUAAUAAAGAAUUAACUUAUACAGGAAAAUGGGAAAACGGAAUCUAAGUAAUAUAAUAUUCUAAAUAGAAUGGAUAAGGAUAUUAAAAAAAGAGUAAUGGAACUAUCUAUGAAGGAUUAUUCAAAAAUGGACGUAAACAUGGAUCUGGUUUAGUAAAAUAUCCAGAUAAUUCUUAAUAUAAAGGAAACUUUGUUGAAGAUCGUUAUGAUGGUAUUGGAGAAUAUAAAUGGAGUGAUGGUAGAACAUAUGGAGGUGAGUGGAAGAAUAAUCUCAUUAAUGGAAAAGGAGAAAUGAGAUAUCCUACUGGAGAUAAAUAUAUAGGUAAUUAAAUUAUGUAUACUAGGACAUUUUAAAAAUGAUAAAAAGCAUGGAUUAGGAAAACUUAUUUAAUUUAAUGGUAUAUCGAUUGAAGGAGAAUGGGAUUAAGGUAAAUUAAAUGGAGAAGCAAAAAUAACAUAACCUGAUGGUGAAUCAUCAUAAGUCUAUUUCAAAAACGAUCAAAUUAUUUGA